GGAGCCGCCUGGGCCUGCGGGAGCCUGCUGCACUUGAGAUGGAGUUACUGCCUCUUUGGCUCUGCCUUGGUUUUCGCUUCUUGACAGUGGAAUGGAGGUACUGCAGUGGAAUGGCCACAGCUGCUUCGCAAAGGGGCUGCAAGUCGGUGGAUGGCGUUGCUGACUGUCGAGGGCAGAACCUUGCUUCAGUGCCCAGCCAUCUCCCUCCCCACUUGCAGAUGCUCAUCCUGGAUGCCAAUCCUCUCAAGACCUUGGGGAAUCAUUCCCUCCAGCUUUACCCUCUCCUGGAGAGCCUCAGUCUGCACAGCUGCCACCUGGAGUGCAUUGGUCGCGACACCUUCCGGGGGCAGGCCCACCUGCACAGCCUGGCACUGCCUGACAAUUCCCUCUCAGAGAGCUACCGGGAGACGGCAGCGGCCUUUCACAGCCUGCAGGCUUUACGGUGGUUGGACUUGUCAGGAAACUCCUUGACGGAAGACAUGGCAGCCCUCAUGCUCCAGAACCUGUCUUCACUAGAGUCUGUGUCCCUGGCAAGGAACACCAUCAUGAGGCUUGAUGACUCUGUCUUUGAGGGCCUGGGGUACCUCAAGGAGCUGGAUUUGCAAAGGAACUACAUUUUUGAGAUUGAGGGUGGAGCCUUCGAUGGCUUGACUAAGCUGAAACACCUCAACCUGGCGUAUAACAACCUCCCUUGCAUUGUGGACUUCAGCCUCACACAGCUCCAGUCCCUCAAUGUCAGCUAUAAUGCCCUGGAAUGGUUUCUGGCAUCAGUGGAAGAGGCUGCUUUUGAGCUAGAGACGCUGGACCUCUCUCACAAUCAGCUGCUGUUUUUCCCACUCCUGCCCCAAUCCAGCAAGCUGCACACCCUGCUGCUGCGGGACAACAACAUGGGCUUCUACAGAGACCUGUACAACACCUCAUCACAGCAGGAGAUGGUGGCCCAGUUCCUCCUUGUGGAUGGCGAUGUGACCAACAUCACCACAGUUAACCUAUGGGAAGAGUUUGCUUCCAGUGACCUUGCAGAUCUCCGCUUCCUGGAUAUGAGCCAGAACCAGUUCCAAUACUUGCCAGAUGGCUUCCUAAAGAAAAUGCCUUCCCUCUCCCACCUGAACCUCAACCAGAAUUGCCUGAUGACACUCCACAUCCAGGAGCAUGAGCCCCCAGGAGCGCUAAUGGAGCUGGAUCUGAGCCAGAACCAGCUGUCAGAGCUGCACUUGACCCCGGGGUUCCCUGGCUGCCUGAGGAGCCUCCGGUUGUUCAACCUGAGCUCCAACCAGCUUCUGCGUGUCCCUACUGGCCUUUUCGCUGAUGCCAAUAACAUCACUACAGUUGACAUGAGCCACAACCAGAUCUCACUUUGUCCCCAGCCAGCUGGCUUAAACCAUGUGGGCGCCCCCAGCUGUGUGGAUUUCAGGAAUAUGGCAUCUUUGAGGAGCCUUUCUCUGGAGGGCUGUGGGCUGGGAGUGUUACAAGACUGCUCAUUCCAGGGGACUGCCCUCACCCACUUAGACCUGUCUGGAAAUUGGGGGGUUCUAAAUGGGAGCAUCGCCCCUCUCCAGAAUAUUGCUCCCACCUUACAGGUCCUGUCUCUCAGGAAUGUGGGCCUCAGUUCCAGCUUCACAGAGUUGGACUUCUCUGGGUUUAGGAAUUUGAGGGACUUGGAUCUGUCAGGAAAUUCCUUGACCCACUUCCCAAGGUUCAGGGGCAGCCUGGCCCUACAGACCCUGGAUCUCCGCAGGAACUCCCUCAGAGCCCUUCCCCAGAGGGCUGUUGCUGUGCAGCUCACGACAAGUCUGCGGGCCAUCUACCUCAGUCAGAAUCCGUACGACUGCUGUAGGGUGGAGGGCUGGGCGGCCCUGCAGCAUCUGUCCCCCAUCGCAGACUUGGCCAUGAUCACUUGCAACCUCUCCUCCAAGGUCAUUCGCCUGAUGGACCUGCCCAGAGGCGUGCCUCAGGACUGUAAGUGGGAAAGCGUGGACAUGGGCCUGCUGUACCUUGUGCUCAUUCUCCCCAGCUGCCUCACCCUGCUGGUGGCCUGCACUGUCAUCUUCCUCACUUUUAAGAAGCCUCUGCUUCAGGUGAUCAAGAGCCGCUGCCACUGGCCCUCCAUAUACUGACCUGGCUACAAUUUAAGGUUAGAAAUUUGGUCUGUGUGUGACAGAUACUUUCUCAGCCAGAUUUCAAGAUCUGAUACAGAAGACAAGUCUGAUGAAUUGAGCUUUAAAUUAAAGUAUAAAAUGUUUCCAUUCCUUAGUCACCCCAA